AUGGCCAUCCCCAACCCACCCGACCCCUUCCUAGAAGCCCAAACCGAUAUCCUCGAAACCCUCCGCACGACCCGCUCCCUCCACUCCUCUUACCUCCGCAUUCGCACCCUAGCUACUUCGGCAUCCUCUCCCGAACUCACUCAGGCGCGUCAAGAGUUGGAAUCCGCGCUUCGGGAUCUCAGCGCUGAUUUGCAAGAUCUCGUCGACAGCGUUCGCGCCGUCGAGGGGGAUCCUUACAAGUAUGGACUGGAUGAGCAAGAAGUUGCGCGAAGGCGGCAGCUGGUGAGGAGUGUUGGGGAUGAAGUGGAAGGGAUGAGGGAGCACAUCCAGGAAGUUGGGGCCGUAAAAGGGAAGGGGAAAGGGUUGGGAAUGACAAAUGGGAGCGCGCUGCCUCCGCCUAGUUCAUUCGACGAUCUUGAAGGUGGAAAGCAGGCGGAUGAGGAUGAAGACGACUAUGCAGCCUUUGAGCAGCAACGGCAGGUGGAGAUGAUGCACGAGCAGGAUGAGCAGUUGGAUGGGGUGUUCAAGACUGUGGGCAAUUUAAGAGCACAGGCAGAUACAAUGGGAAGAGAGUUGGAGGAGCAAGUUGGCAUGAUUGAGGAUGCUGAUCAGAUCGCUGAUCGCGUUGGUGGGAAGCUACAAAAUGGGAUCAAGCGGGUUGGAUGGGUCAUCAAGAACAACGAAGGUAGAUGGGCUGAACCUAGGACACCAAAACGCCACCGCUAA